CUAAGCGCUGAGCUCUGUUUCACUUGGAAACAGCUCUCGUCUCCAUUUCUUUCUCCCUCUCUGUCUGUCUGUAUUUGGUCCUCUCUUUUUGUCUCUACGGCUUUGGAUGUUUUGUCAGCCCUCGGAGGACGGAUGUUGCUAGGUCUGCUUCGCUCGACAACGCCAAAGAAACCCAACCUGAACUCACAAGUCAGCUGUCGACGUCUCUGAAUCAAACGGCAGAUUUGCUCAGAUUGACAUCUCCUGGUGUAAGUCAUCUGGGGUCAAACUGUCUGCCAAAAAAAGUCAAUUUCAAACUCACCUCAGGACAAUCCCUGGAUAUUGAAAAAACAUUGUGCUGUUGCCGUGCUGACACUCCAGAGGGCCAUUGAUCGUCAGGUGUCCCUCCAGAGGAACUCUGAGGGGUCGCCACGGAGAGGAACAUGUUCUAGAAGUCAUACAUCUGUCCUAAUCGACUGGUCGGCUUUGACUGUAGAAGAUGAACAAUGAGGAUGAGUUCUAUGACGCCGUCACAGGCCUGGAUUCAGACGAGUCGUAUGAAGGUGUGUCGGAGGCCAGCUUCAAAGAUGCGCUGGUGUUUGACAGCAGCAGCCAGAAGAACAACGGGUCUGUGCCACAAGAGAAUGGCAUCAAGAAGCACAGGACGUCAUUACCUGCGCCCAUGUUUUCCAGAAACAAUAUCAGUGUGUGGAGCAUCCUGAGGAAAUGCAUCGGACUGGAACUCUCCAAAAUCACGAUGCCCAUCGCCUUCAACGAGCCUCUGAGCUUCCUGCAGAGAAUCACAGAGUACAUGGAACACACUUACCUCAUCAACAGAGCCUGCACAAUGCCCGACUCCAUAGAGCGCAUGCAGGCGGUAGCUGCUUUUGCUGUGUCAGCGGUUGCGUCUCAGUGGGACAGAACUGGAAAACCUUUCAACCCUCUGCUGGGAGAGACCUACGAACUCACCAGAGAGGAUCAGGGUUUCCGGCUGUUGUCGGAGCAGGUAUCCCAUCAUCCCCCGGUCAGCGCCUUCCAUGCAGAGAGUCUUGUUGGGGACUUUGUCUUCCACGGGUCUAUCUACCCCAAACUCAAGUUCUGGGGCAAGAGCGUCGAGGCCGAGCCUAAAGGGACCAUCACACUAGAGCUGCUCAAGCACAACGAGGCGUACACAUGGAGUAACCCCUACUGCUGUGUUCACAACAUCAUUCUGGGAAAGCUGUGGAUAGAGCAGUAUGGCACAGUGGAGAUAGUCAACCACAGCACUGGAGACAAAUGUGUGUUGAAUUUCAAGCCCUGCGGGAUGUUUGGCAAAGAGCUGCACAGAGUGGAGGGAUACAUCCAGGAUAAGAGUAAAAAGAAGCACUGUGUUAUCUACGGGAAGUGGACCGAGUGCAUGUGGAGCGUAGACCCUCAGGCGUACGAGGCCCACAAGAAAUCGGAGAAGAGAGGGGACAACAAGAAGCACAAAAGUGAGGAGCAGGAGGGAGCGGAGAACGAUGACGCGGACGACAUGCCAGACACCCAGGAGACGGUUUGUGUGGUACCAGGAAGCACUCUGCUGUGGAGGAUAGACUCCAGACCAGCUCACUCUACUCAGAUGUACAACUUCACCAACUUUGCGAUGUCUCUCAAUGAGCUGGAGCCCGGCAUGGAAGCCACGUUGGCCCCCACAGACUGUCGCUUCAGGCCUGACAUCAGAGCCAUGGAGAACGGAUUGAUGGAGGAGGCCAGUCAGGAGAAGGAGCGGCUGGAGGAGAAACAGAGAACGUCCAGGAAGGAGAGAGCCAAGGAUGAGGAGGAGUGGAACACCAGACCGUCUGUUUCCGUCUCACGCAGCUCACUGAUCAAGUGGUUCCAGAUGGGCACCAACCCAUACACCAACGCCUCGGCCUGGCUCUACACCGGGGGAUACUUCAAUAGAAACUACCAAGACCUGCCUGACAUCUACUGAUACUCCCCUAGCCUUCUUCACCCCCUUCUUCCUCCUGUACAACCUGCAAUGUCGUGAAAUGGAGAGAAAUGUAAAAAGAAAAAUCCACAUUCCCAUCUUCAUCUCACUGCCUUCAUCAUCAUCUUUAAACUGAGAGAAGAUUGAAAAGACUCCUCCACGUCUCUCAAACAGCAGCCUGCUUCAUGUCCUCUGAGUCUUCAGGUCUUUUUUAAAUCUCUCCUUAUUCUCAUUUUGGGUGAUUUUGUCACAUAGCGACCAGCACAUUUUCUUCCUGACGGAUGGCAGCAGCAGACGGCUGGUGAAAGCAACGGUUAACAGACCACAGACUCGCACAUGUAAUCUGAAUGUUUCACAUCUUUACUGCACACGCUCGGAGAAACCACCCUCCAGCUGACUGUCACGUGUGUUGUUAAAUCAUGAAGUAACACAUAAUAAUCACAGUGAUGGAUUUACAGACAUGGACCAAGUCAAACCGGGGAUGUGCGAAUCAUUUCUUUUUUCUUUACCUACUUAGAAAAUAAAUAUAUGUUCCCUGUAAGGAAGACGAUUACAAAUACUGUUGUUGGGGAAACCAGCUCCUUACUGUCUGUGUGAAAAAUCCCUACACCACUUCCUCUCGUGUGAACCUUCUACUAAGGUUUUAUGGGCUGAAAUGAAUCCAGACAGACUACUAGAGAGCGGAUGAUUCCUCGACAGCGGAGGGGAAAGUGCUGCCGGAGGGAGCCCAGGAGAGAAAGCCCACACCAUGUGACAUUCUCCUGCACGGCAACACAUGAAUGAACGCCUGACCUUUAAACCCCCUGUCUACACUUGGCUUCUGUUUGUCUGUAAAAGUAGCUUCCACUUGCAGUAGUAAUGUAAAGUAUGAUUAACACUUACCUGAAUGUUUUAACGCAGCAUGGCUAACUACUGAGUCAUAGCAGCGCUUUCAUCCGACCUCUAUCCGACCUACAUCUGACCUCUUGAAAAGCUGAGGAAAGGUUGGAAACCUGUCAUCCCAGGUAUCUUUAGGCACAAUUCUGCUUUCCCCAUAAGUUGGUGAUUUAUAACUGUAUAUAAAACUCCCAGAUUUGACACAACCACCACCUGUGUUGAGAAAAUAUGAGUGAAUACAUGCACAUUCAUCCUGGAAAUGAGCGUAUACAUAUGUACAGACACAGCCAUAUUAGCUCCAGGAGUGCAAUUGCUGUGUGAAUGAUGGCAAUUAUGAAACCUCAAGCUUGACAUUAUUAUUGUCACUCACUUUAGCAUGAUUAAAAAAAGGAAGCGUUACUCAUGUCAGUGUAAUCACAUUUUUCAGAUUCUGCUGUGCCGUUGAAUUGGAUGGAAGAGCCUGCAAUAUAUCACUUAAAGAAACAAAGUCACACAAAUAUGUAACGCUUUGCUUCCUCCCACACAAAAGGGGCAGACCUGCUAUCUAAUCACCUGUAUUUAGUGUGUGUUAUUUUUACGAUUCUGAUUGUAGUAAAAAAUUACUUGAUAGAAAUCACUGGCAUGUCGUACGCUCCCAAACUUUUUCAAAUUGAAGCAGAAAGCACCCUAAUGAACGUUAGCACAAUAUAAGGGAAAGAGAAACAGCCGAGUGUACAGAAACCUGAUGAGUCAUGCUCUGCACAGUAAUAAUAACCUCCUUUGUGUCGGUUUGCUCGAGCAGAUACUGUCUAAGGUCGUGAGGCGCGCUCAUUGAAAUUCAUAUAUGGUUUCAAUUAAAUGAAUGUAUAAUGAACCUUCUACUUCCUGCUGUCUGUAACACACACACUCUACACACUUCCUGUUUGCGCCUGUGAAAUUGUGACUUUUGACAGAAAACAACUAGUGAGCUUUUUUUUGUUUUAAAAAAGGGAACGUUACCCCUUAGUUUUCACCCCUUUAAACAACAAUGGUAGAUACUGUUGAUCUUUUGUGACCUUUAGUAAUAUUAAUUAUAAAUCACCAAUUUGAUGCAUUUUGUUCCCUACUGUUUUAGAAAUCACAUUUCCAUCAGUGCAUUCAGAAGCUGUUUCACCAACUCUAUGCAAUUGUUGCACCUCGACAUGAGUCUGUGUCUUGUGUUAUUGGUCUGUAGCUUUACAUCCCUCCACACACACACACACACACACACACACACACACACACACAGUCUCACUGUAUCUCAAUAUUCUCCAAGUAUUUGGAAGUAAUCACAUUACAUUAAUUACACAUCUUGGACCAAUUUAUCUCGGUAUGUGUUUUCUUUGUAUGUCAUGCUUAGCAACUCCAUUUUGCAUUCCCUUGUUUCCGUGUGAUUGUAUUUAUGUUUAUUAUUUAUGAUGUUUGAGGUGGUAGGAAAUAAUUCUGUCGUUUUUUUUUCUUUCACCUAAAACAUAAUUCCAAUUAUUUUUUAAUAAUGUAAAGUCAAAUCACCAGCUUCACGCUUUGACUCUAAAUAUAAAUCACACAAACACUACAUUAGUGAAACUGGUCAAAUGCUAAAUGAACCCGAACAGGAACAAAUUAUUGUUGGAAAGAGUGCUAAUUCAGUGUCUACCCCUCACAUUAUUGCUGUGUCAUUAAACGCGCUCUAUGUUGUUUAGUCUACACUUCUUUCUACACGAAUGUCUUCUGUCGAGUUUCUCCUGCACUGUAUCACGGGGUUGUUUUUUGAUGUAAUGUGUGCACAAGUGCUGCACAGAGGUAAUCACAAGCAAAAUGGCAUAUAUACGUUUGUGCAAUUGAUUUAUUUUUAUAGUAUUUAAACAUUGUUUGGUGAGAACAUUGUACCAGAUGUUUUACUUUGGAGGUGUGGGUCAUAUCCAGUCUGUGGAAAGCUUGGUAGAAUAACAAACGGAGGGGAAAUGUCUACUAAUAAAAUCCCAAUUUCAA